AUGGCUAUGGGGCGACUAUCCCCGGCAUCAACUCCAUUUAUGCGACCGCUGGUUCUGCGCUCCCAUGUCGUGUCUCCGAUUCCCAAAGCGCGUGUGGAGAGAAUCGAGCACUAUCUUCCAGGAGGCUAUCACCCCAUACAAAUCGGAGGUCACCUUCAUGGCCGAUACCAAGUAAUACAUAAGCUGGGACACGGCUCCUACUCCAAAAUCUAUACCGCCGACUCAGAUUCCAAGGAAGCUAGUAUCUUAAUCACUCUCACACAUCCGCAUUAUCCUGCGACCAGUCAUCCGGGCAAGACAAUGCUCCCUUCAAUUCGAGACACCUUCUCCAUCCAUGGUCCAAACGGAGAACAUACUUGCUACGUUACCUCUCCUGCCAGGGCUAGUCUCUCCGAUUUAAAAGAUGGCUCAUGGCUCCGCUUAUUCCAACUUGACGUAGCCCGGGCUCUUGCUGCUCAGCUCGUUCUAGCAGUGGACUAUAUACAUACUCGAGAGUUUAUCCACGGAGACAUUCAUAUGGGCAAUAUCCUGCUCACAACCUCUCGCGACAUUGACCAGCUCUCACCAGAACAAUUAUAUAAAAAGUAUGAAGCACCUGAGCUAGAUCCAGUGGUUCAUUUAGACGGAAAACCGCUUCCUCCUGGGGUCCCAUCCCACGGCAUAGCGCCCAUCUGGCUUGGAGAACCAAGCGAGAAAGUCACGCUUCCGGAGGCAAGUAUUCUACUUGCAGACUUUGAUGAGGCCUUUUCUUCCAAAGAAACAAGAUAUAUAUCUCACACUCCACUGGUCAAUCGUCCUCCUGAAGCUCGCUUUGAACCAAAUAAACCACUGCCACUUUUUGAAGGGUUCCUCGCUACGGAAGAUUACAUGACCCGUGAGCAUGUAGAUACUCUGGGUAUCUUGCCUCCUGAGUGGUGGAAGAGAUGGGAAGCGCGACCAGAGAGCUUUACCGAGGAUGGGAGGCCAAUUAAGCGGAAUCCAUAUCGCUCUUGGGGUGAUCGCUUCGAGGAUAGUGUGCAACAGCCCAGACAAGAAGUGGGAAUGCCUUUGUUUGAUGCAGAAGAGAGGGAUGCUAUCCUUGAGAUCACGACGAAGCAGAUUCUCGAGUCGGAGUGGAUGGUGAAAUGGGCUUUACCGGAGUAUGAGAAGGUUCGACGAGGGGGUUAG